GAAGCACGACGGCGGUUCCGUUCCGCAGACACGCCGGGAAAGCCGCGAGUCCGUCGACCGGCGGAAUUGGCAGAAAGCAUCGGAACAUCAAUAGCCGCUCGCGGCCGUCAAUCGGUCGUCGCACGUAACACACUCGCGCGAGCCGCAGCCUCGGUCGUUUCCGGUCGAGCUCGGCGAACCUCGGCCGCCAGCAUUGUCCCGCGUUGUCAGUUCACGACGAGCCACCAUCGGGUGUUCGUCGCGGUCGCGCGGCAAUCCGGCGGUCCGCUUCGCGGGAAAAUGUGACGUUUUCAAAUCGGUGAUCGGUGUGACCGUCCCUGUGCAACGUUCGAUGUGCAUGGUCGUUUUGCGCUCUUCCAGGCGAGAGCGAGAAAGGGAGAGAGAGAGAGAGAGAGAGAGAGAGAGAGAGAGAGAGAGAGAGAGAGAGAGAGAGAGAAAGGAAAGAGCUUGGUCGUGACGCAGUGGCGAAGUGAGAUCGCAGCCUCCUUCAGCGCAAUCCGCUGUGAUCGAUCAGAGUGACGACUCGGUAUCGCGACACCGAUAUCGCUUCCUGCCACCGCUCGUCGCGCGCGCGGUCGAUUUUCCGCCGGUUAGAGCAAGAGGAGUCGAGUUCAACUGCGACGAGAGGGAGAUCCGCCGCGCGAGAUAGCGCGUUGCCGCGGAGGAAAUAUCAUUUCCAAGGUGCGGGAGAUCCGCGGCACCGAUUCGGCGCCGCAGACGGGCGAGAAUCUCGUCGCGAGAUGAUGAAAAGGUGAAGAAGGCGAGACGAGAGAGAAAGAAAGACAGAGAGAGAGAGAGAGAGAGAGAGAGGGAGAGGAAGUGUCGGUGAGGAGAAGGUGAAGCGCGACGACGACGACGACGACGACGACGACGCUGAAGGAAAUCGACGUUGCCUCGCCGAGGAAAUAUCUCCGUGAGAACAGUUGCCUGCUCCUCGCGCGUGCAUCGCAGGACUUAUUAAGCGGGCACCGAAAAGAGGAAGAAGAAGAAGAAGAAGAAGAAGAAGCGGCGGGUGGAGCCGGGGAAGAGGAACAAGAAGAGGAGAAGGGCGCAUUGCGGUUUCGCGGCAAGGGAACGGAAGAGGGUAUUCCGCCGAAAAUGGCAUUGACGCCCCGAAGCCGCGGAGGCGGCAAUGGCGGCGGCGGCGGCGGCGGCGGCGGCGGUGAGAACAACCUCUCUGAGGAGCUGGCGAACGAGGACGAAGGGGCCAACGCGGCCAAUUUCGAGCCUCUCAGCGAUUCCUGCGGCGAGAGCGACAUGGAGGGCCUCGACCUCUCCCUCUUCGAGCCGCAGGUCGACGUCGCUUCCUGGUGCGACAGCCGCGUCCACGCCGGCACUCUCCACAUCUUGGUCCAUUAUUGCGAGGCCGAAUGCUGCGUCGGCGAGGCCGCCAGCGAGGCAUGCUGGGAACCUUGUUACUGCGUCCUCCUGCAGGACGAGCAGACCCUCACGGCUUACAGGAGCGAGGACAUGGCGCUGUUCGCCGGGACCGCCUGUAUGUUCAAGUCGCACAACAAGCUGGGCGACGCGAUGUUCGUCGAGCUGCCACGCGUUCGGUUGGACGGCGGCGCACGUGCUUUUCGGCAGCAUUGGGGCUACGAGACGCGACCGCUGGCGCCUCCGCCGCCGCUGAUCGAAGAGGACGAGGCAGCCGUGGAGCCGGAAACCGUCAGUCUCCGGGAGGCCAACACCGCUUCUCCGAUAGGUGAGUCCAAGAGCAGGUCCUUACCUAGAACCCGGCUAGAACGGGAGCGCAAUGUUCGAGACACAUCGUACGAGAAAGCCUGCCGAAGGGGUAGCGCGCCCGCCACCCCUGUGCUCGGCGCGCGACCCUUGGAUGUCACCCCGAAUAGGAUCGUCAACUUCUUCUCGAAGAGGUCGUUCCGCUCGAACCCCCUGAAGAGGACGAAGAGCGUAACGAAGCUCGAGAGACAGAAGCAACGGGGCGCAGGGCUACGGGGUUGCCGCUCGCACGAGUCUCUUCUUUGCGGCCAGGCGGUGACCUCGAUGGACCUCGCGGCGGUGACGCCGCUACAUCCCAGUCUCCUCGGCAGGCCGCACUGCUUCCAGGUCACGCCAAGCACCGGCGGGCCCAAGUAUUUCAGCUGCAGAACCGCUCACGAACGGGACCAGUGGUUGCACAGCCUGCGGAAGUCCGUCCAGCCGGACGCGGAGCAGACACGCCGAACGGACAAUUCCCUGCAGAUCUGGCUGCUGGAGGCGAAGGGCGUGCCCGCGAAGAAGCGAUACUUUUGCGAGGUCUGCCUCGACAGCACCUUAUACGCUCGGACGACUGCCAAGUUGAAGGCUGAUUUGUGCUUCUGGGGCGAGCACUUUGACUUCCACCACUUGCCCUCCGUCAACACGAUCCAGGUUAAUCUGUACAGGGAAGCGGACAGGAAGAAGAAGAGGGACAAGAAUGUUUUAAUUGGUUCCGUCAGCAUACCAGUGCACAACGUGACGUCACGUUACUUGACGGAGAAAUGGUAUCCCGUGGUGGGUGACAAGGGACCCCUCAAGGAACCUCCCGCGCUAAGAGUGAAGUGUCGCUUCCAGUCGGUUGACAUACUGCCGGUUCAGGUGUACCAGGAGUUUCUGGAAUACUUGAAGACCGAUUACGCGUCGCUCUGUGAGAAAUUGGAGCCCGUUAUCGGCGUGAAGGCGAAGGAGGACAUCGCGACCGCCUUGGUGGCGGUGAUGCAGCGGGAGAAGAAGGCGCCGCAAUUCCUCGCCGACCUCGUCAUGAUGGACAUUCAUCGGAUAGAUGACGAAAGACUCACGUUUCGAGGCAACUCGCUGGCCACGAAAGCGAUGGAAGCCUACUUGAAAUUGACCGGAGACAGAUACCUGCAGGAGACACUAGGAGCCGUUGUGAGAGGCGCCGUCGAAGGCGGCGAUUGCGAAGUGGACCCGCUCAAGGUCGCUUCCGUCGCCGCGUUGCACAAGCAACAGCAAAACCUGCGCAACGCGGUCGAGCUGGCAUGGAGCAGGAUAUUGUCGAGCCACGCUCACUUCCCGCUGGAACUGCGCGAGUGCUUCCGCAUCUUCCGCGAGCGCCUGGCCGAUAUGGGCCGCGAGGACAUCGCGGAUAAUCUCAUCUCCGCGUCGAUCUUCCUGCGAUUCCUCUGCCCCGCCAUUCUCAGCCCGUCUCUCUUCAACAUCACGCAUGAAUAUCCGAACGAGAAAGCGGCGAGAAAUCUGACGCUGGUGGCGAAGACUCUCCAGACGCUCGCGAACUUCACGAGGUUCCAAGGCAAGGAGAACUUCAUGGAGUUCAUGAACGACCUGCUCGAGCGCGAAGCUCCGUCUAUGAAGAACUUCUUGCAACUAAUUAGCAGCCCACUGCCAAAGGACUCACCGGCCAAUAACUCCCUCGAGUUCGACGGCUACAUAGAUCUGGGCAAGCAGUUGUCCCUGCUGCACGCGCUUCUACGUGAAAGCAUGACCGCGAUCGCGCCGAGCUCGCCGUCGAUGCCGCCGUCGCGACUGCCCGAGAUCCUCGACAGGAUCUCGCUGGCGCUGGACCAGCCGGGUCCGAGCCCGGUGCCCGCAGCGCAUCGUUACCCGAACCUGCAGAACAACAUCUUCCGCUACAACGACCCGACGAUCGCCAACAGCAACACGAAUCUCUCCAUCUCGGCGACGUCGACCCUGAGCAACCACAGCACGCUGAACGGCACGAUCAGGGACAGCAACGAGGUGCUGCAGACGAGCACGUUGAGCCACAACAGUUCCCGCAGCCCGAACGUCACCAGAGCGGCGACUUUGCCGCGAAAUGCUUACAUGCCGACGAACGGCAAGCUGCAGCUGCAAAUCACCUCGGACGACUAUCCGUUCGAGCCACCCGCGUUCGUAUCGCGUUCCCCAACGCCGAUCACGCGGCAGCACAGACCUCUCGGGCAGAACCGCUCCGGGCCGGGUUACAGACUGACGGCCAGCGCGAGCUUGGCGAACGUCAAUCACUGCCAGGCGCACCCGACGAGCCCGACGCGUUCCGAGAGUCACAGCAAUCUCAAGGACUCCAACUACAACAUCACGUCGCCGCAGAGCAACCAGCCGAGCAACGGCAGCGUCGUCUCGCAGCAGCAGCAGCAGCAACAGCAACAGCAGCAGCAUCGACACAACAUGGCGCGCUUGCAGAGCCUCGACAUCCACGACCGGGAGGACAAUUACAAUCACAAUUACAACGUCUCGAGGUCGGCCAGCCGGAACCAUUGCCACAAGGAGGAGAACGCCAAUCAGACGCAGCAGCGCAACUACAACAACGUCUCGAAGACCACGGUGAACGCCAACGUGGUCGUCAAUCCGCCCACGAAUCUCACCCUGUCGAUCAAUCAUCAGCCCAACAACAAUUACAACAACACCUCCAAGGCGAACAACGCGCCCGCCAACGGCAACCUCGACGAGCUGUCCGACCUGCUGAGAUACGCGGACGACGAAGUGUCGGAGUCCAAGUCGCAGAAGGGCUCGCAGAUAUCCAUCUCGCAGCUGAGCAACGUGGCGUCGUCCGGCUAUCAGAGCUUCGCCGCGUACAGCCAGAGCUCCAGCCCGGUGGACCUCAGCAGCAACAACGCGAACCCGCAUAUCCUGAGCGCGGCGCCGCUGGCGUUCGCCAAUCCCGUCUACCACAUGGAGUCGAAUCACGCGAGGACGGGCAGGAGGGACAGUAGCAGCUCUGAAGACAGAGAAGGCAGCGGCGGCGGUGGCGUCGAGAGUGUGAGGGGCGUCGACCUGAGCCCAUCGCCGCCGCCGAAGAACAACGUGCGGAACCUCCAGAGGAACAGCCAGAACCAGUGGCGGCAAGGCAAUCAGGCGCACCGGAACAACUCGGAGCACACGCAAGAUGUCUGUUGCACGAAGCUGAGGAGGAGGCUCUCCUUGGACUCCACGAGGGACCUGUCCGACACCAGCGAGGAGGAGAACUGCACCACCAGGAGGAGCAAGUCUCGCAGUCACCGGAGCAUCGAUCAGUACGAAGUGGACAUGUAUGAAGUGGAGAGGCUGCAGAAUAGCGUAGAUCGGCUGCGAUUGCGCGCGCGAUUAGGCGCCACCGAGGAUGCCGAUAUAGACCUCGCGCCGGACACCAACAUGAAGAGCAUCAUUUCCAGGUUAAUCUCCGUGGAGGAGGAGCUGCGUCGCGAGCAGCAGAAGAUGUCGGCGGCGUUGUCGUACAAGCAGCGCGUGAUCGACGCGCAGGAGCAGCAAAUAGCCGCCCUGGGCGCAGCGAAUUCGCGUCUGAUGUCGACGAAUGCGAGCCUGCUGUCGGCGCUGAGCAAGCAACGCUUCAAUGCCAAGUCGCAGGCGGCCGGUGAGGCCGCGCCGUUGCUGCAGAACAUCGCCGACAUCGGCGAACUCAAGAGCUCGUCGUGUUAAGCGUGUCGUCGCCAGGAGUCGCCGAGGCCGGAAGAGCGGCGGAAGAUCGACGGACGGGACACGCGAGCGAGCUUGCACGCGCUUGUCCUCCUCGCGUAGCGCGAUCGUAGAUGCCUCAUCAUCGACGACGGGAUCUUCCCCGAGUGAUCGCACGCUCCCGUCGCAAUCGAAUGAAUACAGUCGACUCGCCGCAGGAUACGAGGACGCCGACGACGGGCGGUUUAACGAAUCUCUGUGAGAUCGAGAGGGACGAUGACGCGGGGAAUGGCGUCUUCUCGUCGUACGGGAGAGGAGAGGCUCGUCCGGAGAAACGUGUGAGGGAUCGACGGGGUCUUCCUCGGUCGCGAUUCGCUGCGUGCGUCGUACGAGUCGCGUUUCGUUUCAACGCUCGCUGCCUAUCGGUAGGCAGUUUCACACUCGGCGCUCGAUCGUCCGGGACGAGAUUAACGCCGGCGGUGUCGCCAGAGUGGGUGUCGUGAAACUGUCCGGGAGGGUUGGGAGGCGAGGUCGGGAUAAUUCCGUUUUCUCUUGGACGACGCGAUGGAAGUCGAAGGAAUAGCCAAGUUGUUUCGGUCGGUCAGGGCUCUUCCGGGUUGCUUCAUGACACCCUGGCCAAAGAUUCGAGGAGGCGGAGUGGUUCUCGCGGGUAAGAAGGAAGCCGCGAGAGAGAGAUGGGAUUGCGAGCGACAGAGUAGAGCGAAAGAGAGAGCGAGAGCGGAAGAGAAUAGCGUGCGCGAAAAAGGGGAAAAACAGAGGCUACUUUAGUGAAUAGGCAGAGAGACAGGCGGAGUAAGUAGGCAAUUUUCGUCGAGUUCAUGUGACAGCGUUUAGGAUAGGUUAUUUGUCGCCGCGACUCGCCCGAGGCCCGCUUGAGAAAACCGCCGCCGCGUGAACGACGACCGAUCAGCUCGCGUCAACGACGGAUCAGUCCGGGGAGGAGCGUGUGACCGUUCGCGAGAGUCUCUCGACUCUGCGACUUCGCUUCGUUCGGCACGAACGAAACGAAAGUGGCUAAUAGGACGUACAGCUGAACGGACGCGCGUCGAGAUCGGAGAAAGUGCGCGGUACAAAAAGAUUCACUUCCGUCGCGUUUAACUCGACUAAUAAAUAGACUCCAGACUUUGCUUGAUAAAAAGAGAAAGAAUUUUUUUUAUUUUUCCCGGAGUUAAAGACUGAAACGGGAAUAAUCCCGCAACAAAGUUAUCUUUGGACAAAAUUCAUCUUUGAUAAAAAUACGAAGGGUGAGAGGUAUUUCGCUCUUAUUUGCGAGCUGAGACUACUUGCGAGUUUAACCAGUCGUGUUCUACAAUGUUAUGAUAUCAGAUGAUAAGGCGAAUAUGCUUUAUUGUUCUUUUAAAACGUAGUUCUUUGUCGCGCGAUUUCUCGAAAACUUCAUCAGUUCGGCUCUUCCACUUUGCUACUGUUGCCUUGUCGUUGGAUAUCGAGUAUCUUGUUCUUGCACUUGGAAUACGGAUUCCACGCGGUCGUGAAACGUCCAGGUUUAUUUGUGUCGCGCGAAAGUCACGCAUGCCACCGAUGCGAUAUCUCGGAAGACUCGAAACCAGCAUAAUUCUGACGACUUCAACUUCGCGGGAAGGAAACGAUACUCCCGUGUCGUGUUCCUUCCUUCCUCGUUUGUUCGCGAAAGGAUCGUCGUCGUUCAAUCGCAGCAGCGAGCGCGAUGUCCUGGAGAAAUUCGACGAGAUUACGAGAUUAUCGUUCGCACGCGAGAACUACGGUUCACGCACGUACAGGAACAUCUUCGUGCGCCAGGUUCGACCGCACUUCGCAGGAACUCGCAAAGACUCGUCUAUUUUUCUAGUUUGUUCCGCUUAGCGCGUCUCUCUCUCUCUCUCUCUCUCUCGCGACGCGACUUUUCUCCUUGCCUCGUUGCUCAUCGACGUGGGAUCACAGGCAAGUCGCACGAAAUAGCCGGCACGAUUUUCUCAGAUGAUCGAGCAUCGUACGAGUUGCAGGACAGGCGUACGUUCGUUAGAAGCCGCCUGUCUCUUCCGCGAGCGACACACGAGAUUUCAUCGAGCGAGAAUAGCCGACGAGAAAUGCGCACCGUCCCGAGGAAUGAACUCCCGAAGUCGUCGACGUCCCUCGCGCGUCUUUGGAUCAUCCCCUCCCUGCUUUUGCCACUUGUUUUCCCUCUCACGAGGCGCGAGAGAAUCGUCGCGACUACCAUUUCGAUUCGACACGACAACCCUUAUUCUAUAAGCGACGAUAUUUAUUUAGUAGUGUCUACCAAAGAUGAUGAAUUUCGCAUUGUAAAGAGAGAAAGAGAGUGAGAGAAAGAGAUAGAGAGCGAAAGAAUACCGAGAGAUUUUCUUUUUAUGUAAGAUAUCUUUUUUUUUUUACUUUUACGUCGGCCGUACCCAGUGAGGGCGGGAGAAAAUAAACGCGCUUAUUCGCGGUCGAGCGAGAAGAACGACGCGCGAAAGAGCCCGAAAGAGUUCGAAAAGGACGAUCUUCUCACUCCGUUCACUCCGCAGCGAGGAGAAUCUUACACCGAGACUCCUAAGUAGCGCGCGCGCGUGCACGUGCACGAACCGCCCGUCAAAUAAUUCUAUACGCGCGAACGAGCGAGCGCGUGAUGCAUGACAAUUAGAGCCGCCUCCCCGAGAAGUCUCGUUCGCGAGUUAGUGUGUUUACGUUUUAUUACAUUACGAUAACAAUUAUUAUUGUAGCCAUUGUCGUACAAUGCAUGCGUGAAAGACUGAGUGAGAAAGCGGGUGCGAAUCAGUAGCGAAAGGGAGAGAGAGAAAGAGUGGGAGAGACAAGAGAGCGAAAGAAGGGGAAAGAGAAAAAGAGCGUGUGUGCGUGUGUAUGCUGUGAAUGAGAGAAAAAGAGAGAGAGAGAGAGAGAGAGAGAGAAAGAGAGAGGACGGAAAGAAUGAGAAAUAAAGAACAAGAGGAGAGAGAGAGAGAGAGAGAGAGAGAGAGAGAGAGAGUUGAAAGAAGUGAGAAAAGAUCAUAAUCAGUCUAAUCUCGUUAAAGAAAAGUAUUAUCUCGUCGACUUUGUACCAUAGCGUUAUUCUCGAUGCGUGUUCGAGCGUUUGAGUUUCUUGCCUCACGCCUAUUAUUUUUGUAUAGAGAUUGUCCUUCAUAUUCCCGUUCUCCACCUCCUGCUCCCCUGCCCGCCCUUUUUUCCCAUUCCCACCGAUUCCUUAUUAUUUGUUUAUGUACUUUAACUUCACCCUGCCGCCUGUCGCCAACCGCUCUGCGUUCGCAGGGAAACUCGUCGGCUUUGUGAAAGGCACUUUUGUCCAACUCGUCGAAUGUAUUUACGUCACGAAAUUAAUAUAUAUUAACGCUACCACUCCCUUCUUCUCUUGUUGGACGAUGUAAUCGAAUAUCUAUUUAAAAGAGAUCCACACUCUUAAAUAGCGUGUACAUUUAUUAAGUUUUUUUGGUAUAUUCGUUUCUCUUGCAAUAGAUCACCUGUAUUUAAACGUAUAGCGACUAUUACACUACAUGAACAAAUAAAUACGUUAGACAUAUUA